AUGAGUCGUAAGCAGUUAUUGAUUUUUUUCCAGAUGCGAAGCCAACCAGUGAAUUGGUUUUUCCUCGUCCUUUCCCUCAGUGAUCUCACCGUACUUAUCGCCUCUUUCUUCGUUUUCUCAGUUCCCGUUUAUGCCGAAGUUGCUGAUGAUGUUGACAUGGCGCGAAACUCGGCCGUUUUGAUCGUGUGGUUCUAUCCGUUAGCGCAGACUGGGCUCACCAUGUCCGUGUAUUUGACGGUGUUGGUUUCCGUGCAUCGAUUUCUGGGAGUUUGUCAUCCAUUUUUGGUGAGUUUUCCAAGAUUGUCAGGCUUUAAAAAUCAAUAA